UCUGCCAUUUUACACAGUGACUGCUAGCUGAAGCUCCAAAGUGACAGACCACAACUCACCGUGAACGAGUCAGCCUGCCUGCUAAAGUACAGCAUGAGUGACGUCAUGUUGUGAUCAAACAUCCUGCCCAACAUUUUGUUUUUAAGCACAAGUCAAAUUAACAGUGGCGUAGAAACGCUGUAGUAGUGAGAGGCCCUGGAUGGAUAGCCUGGACCCUGAAACCCUCUAUGUGUCUCCAGAGCAGACUGGACAGCCCACACUCCCCCUCCCCACAUCGGAUGUCCCCAACUUGGCACUAGGGGGUGGGAAGAAGAUGAAUGGGUCUCUGGACCACCCCGACCAACCAGAUGUUGAUGCCAUUAAGAUGUUUGUGGGACAGAUUCCACGGUCCUGGUCUGAGGAGCAGCUUCGUGAACUAUUUGAGCCUUAUGGAGCAGUUUAUGAGAUAAAUGUUCUCCGAGACCGCAGCCAGAAUCCACCACAGAGCAAAGGCUGCUGUUUUAUAACAUACUAUACUCGAAAAUCAGCCUUGGAAGCACAGAAUGCUCUGCACAACAUGAAGAUUCUUCCAGGGAUGCACCACCCGAUCCAGAUGAAGCCGGCUGACAGUGAGAAAAACAAUGCAGUGGAGGACAGGAAGCUGUUUAUCGGAAUGAUCUCAAAGAAAUGUAACGAGAACGACAUCCGACUGAUGUUCUCACCAUACGGACAGAUAGAGGAGUGCCGGAUACUUCGAGGCCCUGAUGGACUCAGCCGAGGUUGUGCAUUUGUGACAUUCACAGCGAGACAAAUGGCCCAGUCAGCCAUCAAGUCCAUGCACCAGUCCCAGACCAUGGAGGGCUGCUCGUCACCCAUCGUGGUGAAGUUCGCAGACACUCAGAAGGACAAGGAGCAGAAGCGCAUGGCCCAACAGCUGCAGCAGCAGAUGCAGCAGCUCAGUGCUGCCUCCAUGUGGGGAAAUCUCACGGGGCUCAACAGCCUGGGGCCUCAGUACCUGGCACUCUACUUACAGCUACUGCAGCAGUCGGCCUCCACGGGGAACGCGCUCAACAACCUGCACCCUGUUUCAGGUCUUAAUGCCAUGCAGAACCUGGCUGCUCUAGCAGCUGCAGCUACUGCCACACAGGCCACGCCCACAGGCUCCAGCGCCAUGACGACAUCUAGCAGCCCACUAAGUGCACUAACAAGCUCAGGCUCCUCCCCAACCUCCAGCAGCAACUCAUCAGUCAACCCCAUGGCUUCUCUGGGGGCCCUGCAGUCUCUGGCUGCUGGUGCUGGAGCUGGACUCAACAUGGGCUCUCUGGCAGGCAUGGCGGCUCUGAACGGCAGCCUCGGCUCUGGAGGUCUGUCUAAUGGCUCAGGAAACACCAUGGAGGCACUGAGCCAGGCCUACUCAGGCAUCCAACAGUACGCUGCUGCUGCGCUCCCCAGCCUGUACAACCAGAGCCUGCUGUCCCAGCAGAGCGUCUCAGCUGCAGGCAGCCAAAAGGAAGGUCCAGAAGGUGCCAACUUGUUCAUCUACCACCUGCCCCAGGAGUUCGGAGACCAGGACCUGCUCCAGAUGUUUAUGCCCUUUGGAAACGUCAUCUCUGCUAAAGUCUUUAUCGACAAACAGACAAACCUCAGCAAGUGUUUUGGCUUCGUGAGCUACGACAACCCCGUGUCAUCGCAGGCGGCCAUCCAGUCAAUGAAUGGUUUCCAGAUCGGUAUGAAGAGGCUGAAGGUGCAGCUGAAGCGCUCAAAGAAUGACAGCAAGCCUUACUGAAGGUGCUGAGGCACUGCAGACUUAGUUAGGCAGGGCGGUGUUAUGGUAAGUGGAGUAUGAAUAACCAAGACUGGUCUACUCAGAAACUUGUCUAUGCAUUACAGGGCGAUGUCUGCUGCGCUGCCUCUCCUGGUCACUAUGUCCAGGCAACGAGUCACGUCAAGCUACAUGCAAGAGUUUUCAUGCUAGACUGGAUUCUUCCUGUGUUACGUUGUGGUUCAUGCACUUUGUUUUCCUUUUGAUAAAUGAGAGAAACAGGUGUAUUUUCAUUUAAGUUGAAAUGUUAUCAGUUUGCUGUGGUACAUAAUACACAUAUGAGUUGAUUGUUAGGAUGUGUUGCACAUUGACAGUCAGGUCAGAUAGGUGCCAAAUCCAUCUGUUAUUACUUCCUGUCCCCCUCCCCCCCCUCUGCACCACCCAGCAGGAUGCUCCUGACAUCAGGCAGCAGCUGGAACAGACAGAGCCACGUUUGAUUAGGAAACAUUAACAUCAUUAUCAGGUUUACUUUCACACUGUUACAAACCAAAACGGGUGGUGAUCCCUGCUCUGUAUUGGGUGUCUGUAUUAUCUCCUGUCUGUGAUAUAUACACCUGAAUUAGCUGUAAGGUUCAAGGUACAGAAGCUUACAUUGUUCAGAAGGAGGAGCUCCACUUAAACAUGCACAUUUAGACACAUCUGUCUUCACUCUGCGUUUGUAAAGUGUGUGUGUGCGUGUGUGUGUGUGUUGUGAGGGCAGAGUCUAGAUUAGUGACUGUUGUGACAGUUCAGCAGGACGUUGAUGCUGUGAACAUUUUGUUCUCUGGUGUUUCCACUCUGAACUGAAGUCAGUCACCUCCCGUAACCUUCCUGCUGAUAGAGGAAACAUCCCGUUCUCAUUCCCAGGGCAUCAAACUCUGACGCUUCGUUAUAAGACUCACCAGGCUCUCAGCUAACUCCAGUGGAAACCCAUCCACGGCAAAACGGGAUUCUGAGAGCCACUGAGGGAGUAAAAAGUGCAAGAAAGUCCAGGCAGGGUGAUUGGAUGGGUUAAAUGAAAUUGGAAUUUCAUCCAGGCGACCACAGUUCAUGUCCCAUUGUGAAACCAAAGAUCAGUGUUUGAACUUACGUCACUGACAUACCUACGUCCAGGCCCCCAGGAAGUGCUCCAGGAUUUGAAGCCAAUUUUAGUGGUGGGCAAACAGUGGAAUUAAAUCUGCCGUGUGGUGUCACGUGGCCCAGAAAGACCUCUUUCCAAAAACAUAAGGGUUCAACAUUAAUGUUUUUUUUCACUCGGCCAGUUGGAGAAGUGAGUCAGAAAUCUAGCUGCCUGAGGUCAGUUUUUACUCCCUAUACGAAUGUUUUAUAUAUUAGUGGUUUAUCAGAAAACUAGUGCUGCCCCCCUCGAUUAAGAAUUCUAACAGUCCUCAUCAGGGUCCAUCAGUGGACUAGUCUCCUGCAUGUGUCUGAUAUGAAUGUAAUGAUGAAAUGAUAUAUUUUGGUGGUUUGAGUUGAAGGUGUGAGAAAGAAUAGUAUCAGUAACAUUGUUAACACUGUGCUACAUUACAGAGAAAUACAAACCGUACUAAUGAACCUUCAUUAAUAUAGGCCUAUAUUUUAUCUCCAAGUGCACGUCACACACUGAGCGAGCCGCCUGUUAAUGACGCUGUGGGCUAAUGGGCAUGUAGCUACUUCCAUGUUUCAGAUGAUACGUCAUGUUUGUAGUCGACCAAUGAAGAUGAGUUUACAUAUCACCUUGGGUUCGUCCUUCACCUUCUCAAAAUGAUCCCACACUUUGGAUUUCCUGCCCGACAUGUUAUUAACUAGCCUGUGGAAUAACCGCAGGUACCAGCCCUGGAGAUUAACCUGACUCCUGUCUGACUGCUGAGCGUGGACACUUCCUGUGUCUGUCCUUUCAAAUUAAAGUCCCACAUGGUCCAGUCAUAUAGGUUUGGAUUUAUUUUGACAAGGCGCAGCUCCUGAUAGAGUUUCACUUUUGUUUUUUGUUUUUUUCUGUGACUAAGCGACUAAUGAAAUCUUGCCGACUAAUGACCUUUUUGGUUGACUAUUAGGGAGCAGGCCUACAACAUAUUGUGUUAUAAAUAUGCAUCUAGACUGCCCUCUUCUGGUUCAAACCGGGUUCCUGUUGGCCUAUCUGGUGACAGGUGACAUGUAUGGUGCAGCUUUCAUCACCAAUCAACACCCCAGCGGCCCCUGCAACUCCUCUGCCCGGCACGAAGGAGCAAGUGGGCUUGUCAUUAAAGACAUUUAAACCAAAACUCUGGGCUUCAGUUAGUCUUUAACCCAAAACAUGAUCUUUUUUCUAAACCUAACCCCGACUGCUUGACGUUCAUCUGUGCAUCACAUACACACGCUAAAGGUUUCCCUGUGUGUCGCUGUGAGACUCCGAGGGGCGUGACCAUAGACUUUAUAUAAAGGUGGACAACACAUCUCCACCUUAUUCCCACUGUACAAAUAUGAAGCCAAAACAUCCUGGAUACGCUCGCUGCCAUCUUGCACUGGUGACAUCAUUUGGAGCCAGAGUCUGCGCAGUAGUGAUCUCCGCAGGGUCGAGUUCCCGCCCAAAUGCGCGUCUUACCCAGCUGCAAGCAGCGCCAUUGAGCGCAAACACACCGAUUUGCACACACAGCUGUCAGUCGUGAUGUCACAACCCGUAUUUAUUGCAUCCGAUGACUAAUUAAAACCAAACUUAACAACUCAGCAAACAGCAGAGUGAGAAGAACUACCUGAAGUGACAGAAACCGUCUUUUGGAAAAAUUUAUCUGAUGUGUGUGAAGUUUUUAGUUUGGCUGGGUUUGUGUCCUGUACUGCAGCCAGCCACCAGGGGGCGAUUAGGAUGUUCUGGCUUCACUUUUAGGGACCUGUCUUUUUUACACCGUGUGCAGGCCUGACAAAGCAUUUGAUGACCUGGGAAUGAGAACAGUUGCAGCAGCCACAGAGGAGACGGUUGUCUCUGUUCACAGUUCUCCUCUGAGCUCUGAGGUGACAAACUGCUGCCUGGUUCUGAGCUGCAGUUAAAGACGACACAUUAAUGCUUGUUUGUAUCUGACCUGUGUGGGUGUGUGCAGCUGUUGCAUGGCUUAAACUCGAGGAGUAGCCUCAGGUGUGGGUUGUGUUGUAUUCAAACAUUGAUUUCUGUGUGACGUGGAUAUGACACCUCUGUGCUCCGUGUGCUCUUUGCAGUUACUGUGUUAUUCUUUACCUGGAGGUUAGUGAGACACAUUUCUGAUGCAGUUGAAGUUGCAUGUUAAAUAGAGAUUUUAUUUUUAAGGACUAAACUCGUCAUGUUUGGGUGGUGCUCCUCCUGUGCUGUUGCACUCUGAGUGACAGGUCAGAGGUCGGGCUGAUGCGGCUGUGAAGCCGUCAGCUGAAACUAGUGAUGCUGUGAAGUUUGGAAAUGAAACCAGACCUCACAGGCUCGUUGUGUCCUGUGCAGAUUUAACGCUUUGUUUGAAUACAUCUUGUGGUUUUAGCUCGUUUCUACCUUGAAUCCAGAUGUUUUGUAAAAAUUCAUCUACAUCCCUCAACUACUGUCCUGCUAGCUGGCGGCUAGCUAACCUACAGAGGGCUACACCACUGUGUCUCUCACUGAAUAUCUUCUGUGAUUGGAGAAUUCAUAUAAAUGUCAAAUUGCUCGAGGCAAACCUGUUAGUUGCUUAGACUUGCAAGAAAACGUUUUUUUUUUUUUAUAGAACUAGGAAGCAAGACAAUUGUUGAGAUGUAUAUUUAAACUAUUAUGCCUUUUCUAUUUUUAUAUAGGUUUUAUACUUCCCCGGUGUGUUGGGGAACUAUUUAUUGCCUAAAUUAUUUAUCUGAAUUGAAAUUAUUUUGAAAGACAAAUGUAAAGUCCAACAACUCCAUUUGAUCUCCUGGUGUGUGUCCUCUCCUUGCCUGUUCAGCGUUUGUUUCCCUCUGGUGAUGUGUACUUUGUGUCCGUGUGGCAUGGACUGUGUGUUUAGGAUCCAUCAGUGCUGCUACAGACUUCAGAGAACCCCCCCUCUCUGUCAUUCAUGCCUUCAUCUGAAUAAAUCACUCAUUUUCCAAAAACACAGGGAGCAUAGUUUAUUCUGCACGUCCAUUUGUACGUGUGUCUGUUGGUCCUGUCUUUGUGUGUGAACAAAGAGCGAUCUCAUGUGUCAACAGUUUUACACCAGACAGAGUUCAGGGCGUAAUUUAAAAGCCAAUUCCAGGUCCGAGUCCAAAGAUUGAGUCAGAGUAGAAGUAUGUGUGAUGUGAGUGUGAGCAGUCUGCUGCAGGGACGAUCACGUCAAAGCAAAGUCACCAUGUUUGUGUCCCAUACUGUCCCAUUUGCUCAUGUUAGUCAUUCCUGCUGCUAGAGAUAUCCUUUUUUUCUUACUGAUACCCAAACUUGCACACUGAGUACCAAUGUUAUACCACUGCUUUAAAAAAGAAAAGAAAAGAACAGCUGUAACCUGCUGAUCCUGUGUGGAUAUGAAAUGAUUGAUAUUGUACGACAUGGCUCAGUUUGAACUAAUGCCAAAUUACGGACAUUUUUCUGACAGUUCAUUUUACACUAUUUACCGGAAAUUAGUUCUUCUUCUCCACUAUAGACCCUUUUAGAGCCGAUAUCAUGAUGACGUCAUGUUAUCAGCUGGAGGUGCAGCUGCCUCUCCCCCACAGGGCUGUAGGCUCCAUAGGAGUGUUAAAAUGUGUUUGUCUUGUUGUGUUAUUGGGAGCCAGAAUAGAAGGAGUCAUGGCUCAAAACCAGCCGCCACUGCCCGUCAACAAAAACAAAGACAACUAUGGUUAAAUGUGAUAAGACCAAAGGACUGGACGGAGGCCAUCAUCAAAAAUGCUCACAUGUGCAGCGCACACUUCAUAUCAGGUUAGGGAAAAAGUAUUUCCUGUUGUAGGGAUGAAUAAGGUUAUGUGUAUUAAGGGUUAUCAUGUCCACCUCAUCAGAAACUGGGGAGGGAUUAAGAGGAAGAUUGGAUUUCUCUGCAACGCUAACUUUUUAGCACAUUAGCUAACGUUAGCUUCCAUAGCAAAACAAACAAGUGUGGUCCUCCUUUGUAAGAUUGGCUUCCUGUGACAUCAUCCAUCCACUGAGUGAGAGCAUACGGGUCGGCCAGUCUGGUCCC